UGGGGGACCGGAGAGCGCGUGCGCGCAUUCAGUUUGGCUAUUGAAGAAAAUCGGUCUUGAAAGAACUGACUGUCUCAAUUGUGCACGAGGGAUCUCAAAGCAUUGAUGAAAGACAGCGGCGGAGCAGAGCAAGCAGCGACUUGCAGACUGCGACAGCGGGACAGAGCGGCAAUUAAAUGUAAAACGACAGAUUUCACCGCGUUUUCGAAGUACUACAGCCCUGUUCCUAUCAUGAAUGACUAGAUGACGAAGAGGAACCAGGGAAAGGAAGAGUGGAGGUUCGCUUCUCUCAUCACGGGGUGCCGGUGAAAUAGGGGUAACAUUGGUCAAAAACGUAAAAAGAGAAUAACCGCACCAUUAUCAGUCGCGUCUGUCUGUCGUGAGAUGACAAAGGUUCAUUGAAGCGUUGGAUCAUGUCUCAGAAGAAGAUAUUCCUGGUCAUUGUGGCGAUCAGUACCGUCAGUCUACUGCUGCACCAUGGGGGCCACUUCAGCUGGACGAUGGAAGCCCUUCACCUGGGCUGCCCGUCGCUGCGCACCCACCCGUCCUUCUCUCUCAAGCCCAAACACACCAACGUGGCCUUUCUCAAGACGCACAAGACGGCCAGCACCACCAUGCAGAAUCUGCUCUUCCGCUUCGCCGAGCACCACAACCUGACCGUGGCGCUCCCUGUGCAGGCCUGCGGACACCAGUUCUGCUACCCGCGCACCUUCAGCACCCACCUCGUCCACCCACACACCCUGCCACCCAACGUGGUCACCAGCCACAUGCGCUUCAACCAUGCCGAGAUGCAGCGCCUCAUGCCUAACGAUACCAUCUACGUGACCAUACUUCGAGAACCAGGGUCCAUGUUUGAAUCGUUGUUCAGCUACUAUAAUCAGUACUGUCAGAGUUUUAAGAGAGUUCCCAACGGGUCUCUGGAGGCGUUUCUGGACGAACCGUGGCGCUACUACCGUCCGGACGAGAAUGACUCCAUGUAUGCCCGUAACACUCUGACUUUUGACCUUGGCGGGGACAAGGACCAUCCGGAGGCGGACGUGGCUGCGUAUGCCCGGGCCUUCGUGGCCAAGACGGAGCGCGUCUUCUCCCUGGUGAUGAUCGCUGAGUACUUUGAUGAGUCGCUGAUCCUCCUCCGUCACCUCCUCUCCUGGGAUCUGGAAGAUAUGCUCUAUGUCAAGCUCAACAUGCGGACGUCCGGCUCCAAGCACAGCCUCUCGCCGGGCCUCCCCGCCAAGAUCCGCGUCUGGAACAACCUGGAUGCACGCCUCUAUGACCACUUCAACACCUCGCUGUGGCACCAGCUGGCAGCCCUGGGCCCAGCAUGCGUGGCCAGGGAGCUGCGGCUGCUCCGCAGGGCCCAGGAGAAGCUGGUGAGGGGCUGCUUCGGCGGAGGGCUCCCCCAGCUCCGCUCGGCUGCCCAGAUCAAGAACAAGGAGCUGCGGCCGUGGCAGCCCAGCGCAAAGGUGGACAUCGUGGGCUAUGAUCUGCCGACCAACACCAAUGCUACACGGCCCGGAAGCCUGGCCCACGAGCUGUGUCUUAAGCUCAUCAUGCCCGAGGUCCAGUACACCAGGGUCCUGCUACGAUCGCAGUCGCUACGCUACCGACGAAGCUACCCCCUCCGCUCCCCUCAGCCCCAGCAGCCCAUACGGUCGGUCCUAUCGCGUCGCCAACAUGUGGGGAUGCAGCCGAUGCACCGGCAGGCCCCUCCUGGACCUGAUCCUGCCUUGAGCCCCACAGCCACUCCUCGACCCCCAGGGACCCAGAGCAGGGCCACCAGGGUGGGACUAAGGUCCCCGGGCCCCCAGAGGAAGACACCAUAACUUAAGACUGGGCUCCAGCCUUUAAUAUAGAAUGAAUACAGACAGACAGACAGACAGACAGACAGACAGACAGACAGACAGACAGACAGACAGACUAAAUGCAGACAGACAGUCCUCCACACUUAAAAAUGCUGGGUUGUUUGGUUAACCCAACUGCUGGGUUGCAGGCAUUGUGUCACUAUGAUAGAUUUUUUUUAUUUCAAAAUUGCUGAGUUAUUGACGCUGGGUGCUGGGAAAUUGAGAUAUGACCCAGCGGGUCAGCUCAGAAAACUGGAGGCGUAGUUUAUUAUUAGGCGUGUCUUUCAGAUAGUUAUUUUUAGCCACCCAUGACAGUGAAUGUCAUUCCUGUUCAUCUGUUAUGUUUUAUAGUUAUCACAUGUUAAGGUUAAACAUUGACAUUUUUGUAGAUUCAAUAAGGAUUACAGAAGUGUAUGUGUUCCCUAAAAGCCUAUGGAAAUCCCAUUGUUGGGCUACAAUAAGGUGGUACAGUAUACUUUAUUACAAUACGUAGUAAAUAAAUCUUAAUAUUAUCGAAGAAUGUGUAAAAUACAAAAAACAAGUAAAGUUUGAAUUUGCUGUAUGUAACUUAACAUGGGUGGCCGAUAAGAUCUAGCUGAAAGUCACGCCCCUAAUAAAACACACUUCCUGAAAAUGACCAAAGGAUUAUAUUCAAAAAGACCCAGCAGCUAGAUAAACCCAGCAUGAGAGUAAAAUAUACCCAACACACGGUUGAAUUAACCUAUGUCUGGGUAAUCCCAACAACACAACAUGUUAUUCACACAAGCCAACUGGCUGGUCAGAAUAACCCAAUGUGUUAAAUCCACUAUUUAAAUAGCACUGGGUUAAAUUGGCUUGUUUUUAGCCCAUAUAUUAAUAGGACGCAGACUUCAGCCAUUGGUUCCAAGGGACUAUAUCAGGGGGCUCUGGAGGAGAGAGGAAGAGAAGGGGGAAGGACACUACAAGACUGAGACUAGAGGUUGGGCCACAGCAAUAUGGGCAUGGGCAGAGCACUCCUAUUCAUCGUGAACUCUGUAUGGAACAAUAGAGAGCUUUCUCUCUCUCUCUCUCUCUCUCUCUCUUUCUCUUUCUCUUUCUCUUUCUCUUUCUCUUUCUCUCUCUUUCUCUCUCUUUCUCUCUCUCUCUAAUGCCAUCCUCCCCCUCCCAAGAGAGGAUCACUGCUCUGGGUUUGUAUCCUCCAACCCUCCAGCCAGGCCAGCUCUUGACCUCUCCCCAAAUGACUCUCCCCCGUCCCACUGUGCGAGUUAGGCCCCAGGACAGAGGUCAAAGGUCAGCCUAAGGGCCCCCGGCAUAUCUCUCUGCCGGGCCUAUCCCCUAGCCCGGUCUAUCUGUUAACCCGGUCUAUCCCCUAACCCGGUCUAUCCCUUAACCCGGUCUAUUCCCUAACCUGGUAUAUCCCCUAACCCCCUCACACACAUACACACACGCAGCCCUCUACCGACUCUCUCCCUCCAGGCAGCCUGUUUUAGAACAAUUCUCUCUCCUCUCCGCCCCCAGCUCAUCUCUCUCCUCUCCACCAGCAACUUACCCAGAUAUGGGAUGUUUUUACAUUUGGGAAUCUGUAUGUGGUUUGUUUGUGUGUGUGUGUCUGUGUGUUGUGUGUUGUGUGUGUGUUGUGUGUUGUGUGUUGUGUGUUGUGUGUGUGUGUGUGUGUGUGUGUGUGUGUGUGUGUGUGUGUGUGUGUGUGUGUGUGUGUGUGUGUGUGUGUGUGUGUGUGUGUGUGUGUGUGUGUGUGUGAGUGAGCUUUAUUCCUACAUGUUUAUUUUAUCUGUGUGUUAUUGCAAUAAAGUUAUCUUGGUCAAGUCUUGUAAAGGUAUAGGGUCUUAUAACCAUACGACACACACACACACACACACAAACACAAACACAAACACACUGAGGACUGGACUCAAGCCUGUGUGAUGCAAACAUGCUGAAAGACAUGACGAGUGAGAGCUACAGUGUUAAUAUUUAAUGAUGUCUCCUUGGAAGGAUCCUCCACUUGGGUUACACAGCGAAACACACACACACACACACACACAGCAGAGUAUUUUCAUUAGAGAAGUGUGGACCAUGCCAAAGCAGCUUACCUAUCAGAACAAAACAGAAGGAGGAACUACCUACCUAUACGGGACUGGAUCUCGUUUCAUUAGCUGCGGAAAGUGAUUUAUGCAGUUGGUUGUUCAUGUUUAAUGUGUUUAAUAUGUUUUACUCUAAUUACCUUUUAAUGGUAUGAACCGAACGGGGAGACCUCGAGUGUGUGUGUGUGUGUGUGUGUGUGUGUGUGUGUGUGUGUGUGUGUGUGUGUGUGUGUGUGUGUGUGUGUGUGUGUGUGUGUGUGUGUGUGUGUGUGUGUGUGUGUGGGUGUGUGACUUGUAUUUGUGUUUGCUUACCUUCGAUUUAUAUUUACAAUUUUGGAACAGAACAUGGUAUGUGGAAUAAUCACUUAUGGCAAUACAUACUGUACACAUUCUGAUGAAUAAAAUAUUUUCUACAUAGGCCAACCACAAAAGCCACUCAUAAGUCACCAAGUGUACUCACUUAAACAUUCAUUUGAUUGUGUUUUAAGUGCUUCAUAUGCUCUAGUAUGUUUCCCCAAAUGGCACCCUAUUCCCUACAUAGUGCACUACAAAUAAUGCACUAUGUAGGGAAUAGGGUGCCUUUUGGAACACAGUCCUCGUCUAGUGGAAAGAGGACCGUGUAGAAAGAUAACUGUCAGAAGUGGAACUUGUCCCUGUGAAAUCCUGCAUGUUCAACUGCUGUUCAUUUUUAAAGUGCACUUUGAUGGUACUCUAUUUCUUAGUCCAAAAUGGCACCCUAUUCCCUAUAUUGUGCAUUAUUUUUGACCAGAGCCUUAUGGGGCCUGGUCAAAGGUAGUCGACUAAAUAAGGAGUAGGGUGCCAUUUGGGAUGUCGUGUACCGUCUCUUGGCCGGUGUCUAUGUGAGAAAAAAACAGCACAGAACUUAUCCAAAACUCAAUGUUAACCAGGCUAGUUUUAGGAAGGGUAGACUAGCAGUUUAGUGUUUUACUACUCUCUUCAGUUUAGCUUUCAAAUUCUCUUUUAGAACAACGUGGAACAAAAGUGUUAUUUUAGAAUGAACCGUGUUCUGUUUUUAGAGUGUCUCUUUCAACAAAUGCUGUGUCCUUGUUGGGGGCGUAUUUCUGAGAGAGAAAGUGUCGAUGUGAUACAAUGAUGCGCUGGAUCAUUUUCCUGUGACUAUCUUUUCAGUGACAUUGUCUCCUUUCCAUGGCAUCCAUUCAUUCUCAUAUGAUAUUUAUUGACUUUGUAGUUGAACUGAAAGGGCCCUUCCUGUUUUCAACUGGGGGACUUUGAUCAUAUAUGAGUAGGGUGAAGUUGCCCCUAGACGCUGAUCUAGGGCCAGUUUUGCAUUUCCCCCACUAACGGUUAAGGUUAUGAUUGGGGAAGGGGAAGCUGAUCCUAGAUCUGUACCUACGGGAAACUUUACCUAGAUCAUACAGCUAGAGACAAUCAGAGCUAGACUUCCCAAAGCUUUGUACUGAGGGAUGAUGGGGGAAAAGCAACCAUUAAAAUUUGA